UUCCAUAGUUGCAGCCCUGUCUUUUCAGAACAUCACCCGCACUGAACUGUGAAUUAAUGCGCCAUGAUCGUGACGAUUGGAGCACCUGAUCCCGCCGCUUCUGUAAACAGCACCGCGGACGGCGACAGGGUAGGGGAGAGGAUGGAGAAGACGGUGCCCACUGAAGACGACAAGAGAACUAAGCAAGAACAGACAUAUUCAAUGUCGUUCGGUGUCCUGGAUAAAUUGUUUGGGAAACGCCUCUCGCAGGCCAGACAGUACAUCAUGUCCCAUAAAUCCUGGCUGAAAAUGGUGCCCACGGAAGACUGUGAUAUACUAAUGACAUUCUCAGACACCAUAGACGACCACACCUUGCUAUGGCUGCUGAACCAUAUCCGACUGGGAAUCCCACAAGUUACAAUCCAGAUCCGACAGCAUCAACACACACGGGGCUAUGCAUUCUUCAUUACAACCACAUUUGAGAACUUGCUGCGUGGUGCAGAGCUGACGGGGAUGUGCAAAGUGGUCAAACCACAGUAUGGAGGUGGAACACGUAGGUUUUCCUGUGAAGAGGAUAAUAUCUACGAGAACAUAGAGAGCGAGCUGUGCUUUUUCACCUCACAGGAGCGUCAGAGCAUCAUCAAGUACUGGCUGGACAACCUGCGAGCCAAACAAGGGGAAGUCCUUCACAACUUCUACUUCCUUGAGGGACAACCAAUCAUUCCAGAGCUGAUGGCCAGAGGAGUAAUCUAUCAAGUGUUUCCUCUACACGAGCAACGGAUCCUCAGUCAGCUGAUGACGUCAUGGGUCCAAGCUGUCUGUGAGAGACAGCCUUUGGAUGACGUCUGUGAUUACUUUGGGGUGAAGAUUGGCAUGUACUUUGCCUGGCUGGGUUUCUACACCAACUCCAUGCUGUACCCUGCAGUCAUCGGCUUCCUACUGUGGAUCCUGGCUGAGGCUGACCAGACCAGCCAGGACAUCUGCUGUGUGGUGUUUGCCCUCUUCAACGUGGUGUGGGCGACACUCUUCCUAGAGAGGUGGAAGCGGAGAGAGGCCGAGCUAGCAUACAGGUGGGGGACACUGGAUAUCCCUGCCGAGUCCCUUGAAGAUCCUAGACCCCAGUUUCGGGGUGUAAAGCGGUGUAGCCCCAUAACAGGCUGUGAGGAGUUUUACUACCCACCCUGGAAGAGGACGAUGUUCAGGUGGAUGGUCAGCCUCCCCAUCUGUCUCCUCUGUCUCUGCUUUGUCUUCCUGGCCAUGCUCGUCUGUCUGGAGAUGCAGGAGUUUGUGAUGGAAAUUAAGGAGUUACCCAGUAUCACAAGAUUCAUUCCAAAAAUUUUGCUGGCCAUCGUUGUGACUGUGUGUGGUGAGGUGUAUAGGAAGAUCGCCCAUUGGCUCAAUGAUAUGGAGAACUACAGACUUCAGAGUGCCUAUGAGAAUAAUCUCAUCAUUAAAAUGUUUUUUUUUGAGUUUAUAAAUUCUUACCUUAGCCUUUUCUACAUCGGAUUCUACCUCAAGGACAUGGAGCGACUAAAGGAGAUGCUAGCCACUCUCCUGAUCUUCCGCCAGUUCCUCCAGAACAUCAAGGAGGUGCUCCAGCCUUAUCUGUACGAGCACCACAAACUAGGAGUAUUUACCCCCAAGGUCGUGUGGGAGGUUCUCCAGGCCAUAGUGAUCAAGUACAGCCGCCUGGCUCUAGGAAAGGCCCAGGCUUCAUGGACUAUCCAGUCCCUGCUAGGCCCCAAAGGCAUUGUCACACAUCCUGUGAAUGGACAGACAGAACAGAACAAGAGAGGAGAUCUAAAGGCUGGCUACAGGUUCACAGAGGAAGAGUGGGACAUAAAUGACACACUGAGGCAGCGGAAGAUUAGCUUCAAUGAGAAGGUGGAUGUUGCUAGGGACGUUGCCAUGGCGACCCAGCCUGAGGACAGCUUCCCCGAGGACAGUCCCACGAUGGUGGAGGAGGGCAUGGAUCCUUCCAGCAUCUUUGAGAUAGGUGAUGAUGACAGUGACUAUGAGUCCUCUGAGACCAAGGAGACCAAGGAGACUAGUGUCUCCCCACCAACUGAGUAUGACACGGUAGUAUGCCAGAGACUGAAAAGUCCAAUCCCAGAGAAAGAGUCCACAAAGUCCUGGAUUGACCCGCCUGAGGAGCCUAAGUCUGUCAUCAUCACCCAAGCGGAGAUCGAGAGCUGCAUGCAGACAUAUGAGGACACCCUGCAGGACUACCAGGAGAUGUUCAUCCAGUUUGGCUAUGUCGUGCUCUUCUCCUCUGCCUUCCCAUUGGCUGCCAUGUGUGCCCUCAUCAACAACAUUAUCGAGAUCCGGAGUGACGCCUUGAAGCUCUGUACUGGCCUGCAGAGGCCCUUUGGCCAGAGGGUGGAGAGCAUCGGACAGUGGCAGACUGCAAUGGAGGUCAUGGGCUUGAUAGCCAUCAUGGUGAACUGUUAUCUCAUUGGCCAGUGUGGUCAGCUGCAGCGUCUCUUCCCCUGGCUGAGCCCAGAGAUGGUCAUCAUCUCCAUUGUGGUACUGGAGCAUUUUGCCAUCCUCCUCAAAUACGUCAUCCACGUGGCCAUCCCUGAUAUCCCUGGAUGGGUCGCAGACGAGAUGGCCAAACUAGAGUACCGUAGAAGGGAGGCUUUUAAGAAGCAUGAGCAUCAGGCCCAGCAGCACUUCCAGCAGCAGCUGAGGAGGCGGCGUGAGGAGGAGCUGCAGCGUCAGGCGGAGCUCCAGGCUGAGGCCCGGCAGGAGAGCGAGUACCACAAGGCCGACCACCAGCACCAGCACCACCACGACAAGACCCAGGGCAAGCCUGGGGACAAGCCCAAGAGACCCAGCUCUCUGCUGGGCAACAACAACGUGAUGAAGCUCAAGCAGAUCUUCCCCCAGCAAGGAAAGUUCUCUACGGGCACGGCCCGAUCCCCUCAGUCCCCAACCGGGGCAGAAGCAAAACUACCAGGUUUCCUCAGCUUCAAGUUCCGAAAGUCUCCGGAGUUGAAGAAGGAGCCGUUGUCAGUAACACCAGCACCGGGGACAGUGGUGACGGCUGCUUCCGUGAACCAGGAGAGGUCCCAAUCCCCCAGCAGGACCUUCAGCCCAGGGAAGCUGUUCAGCUUCAGCAGGUCAGAGGGCGCAGUGGUGUGUGCGAACGGGGCUCAACCGUCCAAACUAGGUGAUGCUGGCCCCCAGGCCACUCUUAACACUCAGCCCACCAGGCAGGACCUGAACACAACUCCGUCAGGCGAGGUGCUACCCUUGUCUGACAGCGAGAAGGGAGAAACGAGACAAUCUAGCGAUACUGACAACUCUGGCUCCAAGUGUUAAUCCUUAAUCAUGGCAACAUUGAAAAUGUAAGAAAGGGAUGCAGAGUACGAUAAAUUGUUAUCCUUGUUAAAAUGUCACCAUGUUAGAUGCAGAGUACGAUAAAUUGUUAUCCUUGUUAAAAUGUCACCAUGUUAGAUGCAGAGUAUGAUAAAUUGUUAUCCUUGUUAAAAUGUCACCAUGUUAGAUGCACUUCCUGUAGGUCAUCCUGAACAAGCUAAAUGAUGAAAUGUAAGGUCAGAAUGCAGCAUGUUUUGGGAUAAUUCUCCACAAUCCAAAUGACAGUAAAUAUAGGCUAUAUCUGUUCUAUAUACUGACUGUAUAAGUGGAUACUAUGUACAAAUUGUAACAGUUUACCCCCUUGAAUGAAGCCCAAGUUCCGUAAUUAAAUAGUUAUAAGACUGCAUGACUUGUGGUUCUGAUAAUCAUAAAGCAUUCCUGUUAGAUCUGGAUGGCAGUUUCCAUUAAAGAUUUUGUCAAUCCAUUAAUCAGAUUUGAUGUCUUAAAAGCAUGGCACAUCAUCUGCAUACCUGAAAUAAAUGUAUUCAGUUAUUCAGCACCUUACAAGCCAUCUUAUAUUCCUGCAAUAGUACAGAAUAAGUACAUUCACUGUGACUGUGAGAGAUAUUCUAUUUUUCUUAACUUUGUUUUUCUAUGAAUUAUUUUAUUACAUGAAGUAGUGAAUGUACCUCAAUGAUGCAAAACGCACUUCAAUAAACUUCAUCAUGAGACCACAGAAAAUGUAAUGCAUCACGUUUUUAACACAUUUCAUUGAGUGAGUUACCAUGCCAACUUUAUCACGUAGCCUGCCUAUUCUUGCCGUCUGUAUUUAUAUUCAUUUACUAGCCACCUUUGCGUGUAAACAAAAUAUGUUUUGGUGAAUUCCAAUAUUAUAAGAAGGAAACACAAACCUCAUGGAGGCUCAGUAGACAGUAGAAACAAACGUUCAACAGCAAAUUGACACAAUACCCAGAUCACUUUAUUGAGACGAAUGAUCCAAAGUAUUAAACCCAAAUUGAAACAUAAAAUACUCUUAAAAGCACAUCUUUGCAGAGGAUCAUUGCCAUAUGAGAUCAAGGUGCUGUUUUUUUAGCUUGCUGCAGUUGGUUUUAAAGAGAAACACUCAACAAACGUUUGCCCAUUGGACAAAUAUAUGUAAAGAAGUCAAUGGUGAAAAUAUGACCUCAAAAUUGCAGGAGUAAGGUCCCCAGACAAGUGCUUUUAUAUGGCAUGGCCCCACAUUCACACAGUUUAAAUCACAGCACACAAUGUCUAUACAGGUCAUCACACCGUUUACUGUUGAGAACUGAAUGACAAAACACUUGUCUACCUGUGGAAAGAACUCUCAACAUUAACACAUGUAGACAGCUACAGUGCCUUGCAAAAGUAUUCAUCCCCCUUGGCGUUUUACCUAUUUUGUUGCAUUACAACCUGUAAUUUAU